ACAGUAUAUACCGUGACUUCGAUGUGUUCGAAACAGUUUGAUGCUCGAUUGCGCGCAAGUACAGAAGUAACCAAGAUAAUGGUACAGUUUCAUUUAAUCAUCAUUUAGAAUUGCAUAGUUUUUUUAAUUCCAUCCAUACAAUUGAAAAAGAACUUCAAUGGCGUUACACGAGUGCAAUCUGAAGACCGUCCUUCCGUGAAACCUAAUCUUUAAAAAGAUAUAAUGUUACAAGUACGUUGCUCAAGUAAUACACGUGCUUCGAUAAAUUUAUGUGCAACGAACUGUACGAAAAAAUGAAAGAAAAAUGUUUAAAUAAUUAAAGUAAAGAAUAAGCGAAUAUUAAGCUUUUAAGUGAUCAGAAUCCGGUUGUCUUUUGUACAUCAAAUCUUUCGAAGUUAAUCAUUAUCUGCAUCAGCGACAAGAGAUGUUUGCGUACUAUGUGCCUUUAAUACCAUGAUAAUGAUCUGUCUAUGGUACAAACGUCAGUGUAAUUCAUGUUUCUUAUCGAAUGAAAAGCAAUCAUCAGCGUGUCAUGGAGGACGGUGGUCAAGUGCAUUCUAUCACUCUUCUCGAAGAAACCUUUUACGUUACGUCCAAGAAGAACACUUAUUACAAGGUGAGAUUGACCGAAAAGGGUCUCAGCUUAGAGAAAGACAAUAAUGGUGCGACUAAGGCUGAAACGAUCGUUCUAAACGACAUAAUAGGAUGCAGAUGUAUGCGUUCGAAACGUAAAAGCGCGGGAAGCUGUGUUUGUGGCCCAGGUACUUCGAGGUCGCAAUUCAAGCUGGUUGAAUCUGCUGAAGCUUUUCAGUGUUACGAUGAAUUCGACACCUCGGCCUAUUUGUAUAUUUAUGCAUACAAGCUGAAAAAAGCACGGAUGAAAGGGAUCAAGAGACGCGAAAGAACGACAAUCACUCUAAGGUUUCGAAGCUUUGACAAGUACGAAGAUAAUCUGCGGGAGGCUAGCAGGUGGCGAUUAGCUAUUAAAUGUCUCAUUGCUGGCGUGCCCGUGCCGAAAAGCUUUAUGAGCCCCAGUCACGAGAAUCUCGAGUCCUUGAUCAAUGCAUGCCCGGGGGAACAAAAGAAGAUACUGGUGUUGCUGAACCCGAAAUCUGGACCGGGAAGGGGUCGCGAGACGUUUCAGAAAAGAAUUCAUCCGAUUUUGUCGGAAGCCGAGAGACCGUACGAGGUGCACAUCACCAAAUGUCCCAAUUACGCCCGUGAAUUCGUGCGGACGAGGGACAUUUAUCAAUGGAGCGGUUUGCUGAUGGUCGGGGGCGACGGUAUCGUGUUCGAGGUGGUGAAUGGACUCUUUCAAAGGACAGACUGGGAAAGGGCUCUCAAAGAAUUGCCUCUCGGCGUGAUACCCUGCGGUUCCGGCAAUGGCUUAGCAAAAUCCAUCGCGUACGCUAAACAAGAACCAUACGACUACAAUCCGCUUCUAAUUAGCGCCCUAUCCGUGGUGAAGUUCAAGAAAGCGCGAAUGGAUCUGGUGCGUGUGGAGACCAGGAACCAAAUACUAUUUUCGUUUCUAUCGGUCGGCUGGGGUCUAUUGGCUGACAUUGACAUUGAAAGUGAACGUUUAAGAGCAAUCGGUGGUCAGAGAUUCACCGUUUGGACUAUCGCUCGGCUGAUAGGAUUAAGAACGUACAAAGGCAAAGUAUCUUAUUUGCCCUGCGAUAGAGUACCAUCUGUUGAGAAUUUAGGUAAUGGUAAGGCCUACGAAUACGCGAAGGAAUCGCAGAUAUCACACUCCAGGAGCUGCGAUGAUGAUUUAGACCGUUACAGCAAAAUUAGUGAAUCGAAGAGUUUUCAUGACGCUCUAGAUGGGAAUCCAACUAUUCUGAACGACUCAUUCGAUGGUUACGAUGAUAACGAGAUAAUAAGCGAAAGUCUUACUCUGGAGACAGAAACAGAGAGAAGACAGAGGUUGGAUAGCUUCUAUUCUGCGACCUCUGCGAGGUCAACUUACUUUAGUACAGGUUCAGUUUCUAGUUACCACAGCAUCGAUGAGCCCGAUAACGGGGAAGUUGAUGUAGAAAACAACAGCAACCAAGUUAUGUAUGGACCAUCGUCUAGGCUGCCUGCUCUAACUUCGGAAGUAUCGAGUUCAUGGACGCAGAUUCAGGGAGAGUUUGUGAUGGUUCACGCGGCAUAUCAAUCACACUUGGGCCAAGAUUAUUUCUUCGCACCCCGUGCCAAAUUGGCGGAUGGUAUUAUUUGGCUGGUAAUAGUAAAAGCCGGAAUCACUCGAGCCAAUUUACUCCAGUUCCUGUUGGGUUUAAGUAAUGGUACCCACUUAACACGAUCUGGUAUCGAAAUGAUUCCCGUGAGGGCGUUUCGAAUAGAACCAGAGGAAGGCGUACACGGUCACAUAACAGUGGAUGGAGAACUGGUAGACUACGGGCCUUUACAGGCUGAAAUAUUUCCGUCUUUAGCAACAGUGAUGUCACAAUGAUAUAAAUUAGUGUUUAGCUUCAUAAGGUCUUAGCUAUGGAAUCAAAUGGUACAAUCCUAGAACCUAAAGUUCAAUGAUAUAUGUAUAUGGUAGCAUGGUCCUGGUGACAAUACUGUAUUUAGAUACACAGAUUCUUAAUCGCGAUCGAUAUGAUUUCAUUGAGAAUCGUGAUAGAUGUACAUUCUAGACUGUAAGUAUAAAUUAGAAAUCAUUCCACGAAUGUAUUCGAGUACAUGUAAUUUCAUGAAAUCAGCUUAGGCUAUAGUUUGUACAAACUCAGUCGUUUAGAGUUUUACGAUCCGCACAGAGUGAUUCGACCGCAGAAUUUACAAUUUUAUUGGUCCAUUGUACGUAGAGAAAUUAAAGGAGAAGAAAGUCUGCAAAUUUUGCUUUAUAAGGUAUAGGAAUUUUGUAAAUAAAUAUCAGAAGUGAUUGCAUUGGUAGAUUUACAAUUGCAUUCCGUAUUUAUUUUUCUCAAUCUAAUUCCUUUUUUUUUUUCAAUUAAAAAUUAGAUAAUUAGAUUUGUGCUACCAUUUAAAAUGUUAUAUCUUAAAAAAGGAAAUAUCAGUUUUGAGGCACUUAAUGUGCCUGCUUCAAAUGCUAUAGCGUUGGUUAACUAAUGAUUGUUAAUUACACUCGUUAGUUUUAGCUGUAUCUUUUUGGAUGGUUUCUUAUAUGACGCACAAUAGUAUAACUGUAACAAUUCUACAUGCUUCUUAUUAAUUAAUAAGUAUUAUUGUUAAGUUUGAUAGCGUAAUUAUCAGAUUUUAUUCUACCCGAGGGUUAAAUGCAUUUUCUUCCAAAUUAUUUACCAAAAUCAAUAUGAUUAUAAUUUGCGUACCAUAUAAGCUGAGGAUUAAAUAUAUUUUCUUCCCAUUAUUUACCAAAACAACAUAGAAAUUAUUACGAAUCAGUGAUAUAGCACAUAUAUUUUAUUAAACCCUUUUCAAGUCUGAGUCAAUUAGCUGAAGAUAUAGUAAAAUAAUUUUCAUAUAAAAUUAUAGCUGUUGAUAGUGCUCAAAUUUUGUAUAUUUAAUUAGGUGCACUUAUAAUUAAAAAGGGUCGAUUGUUUCGGUACAAAUUACGAUGUAUUUUGUCCGUACAUAUCACGCUCAUCAAAAUGAUUUGAAAAUUAUUAAUGUUAUGUAUAAAUUUUACUGUUUAUAGUUAGCCCAUUGUAAAUCUGUGCCAAGGAAUGUAUAAAGAUGAAGAAGAUGAAUAAGAAAUAAGUAAGAUAUUCAGGAUUCUUGACUAGCAAGAAUUUUUCGUGUCAAAACUAUUAAACUGUGAGAUAUUUUUUUCAAAAGAUUCCGUAAAAUAUCCACAACGAUCUUAUAUCGUUUUUCUUCUGUUUAAAAGAACAAAUUACAAAUCAUGAUUAAAAAAGCGCUGACUCUUUGGAAGAUUGUUCGAAUAAACGUUACAUUGUCGCUCAAAGUAACAAAAUUAUUUGUCAUCGAUAAAAUUGAUAUGCAUGUAUAAUACUAAUUUUUGUUAUUUCGUUGUAUUUCAACGGAACGAUCGUUAAUGUUUUUGAGACUAAUGAUAAGUUAUUUAGUAUAGUAGUGAUUAUAGGUGAUGAAUAAAUUUCUUUAUAUAAAA